AUGGUUGAAGUGGACAGAGAGAUGGCGAACAACGGUGAGGCAGAUGAAGCGGCCAGCGUCGACCAUGAGAAUGAUCUCGUGUUGGAGUUCGACUUCAAUGGCCAAAGGAAAACCGUAUGUUCCGCAGUGCUCUGCUUGGCCUCACCAGUGUUCCGCGGAAUGCUGAGAGCUGGCAUGAAGGAGGCACAGCAAAAAUCCGUCAAAGUCGAAGUGGCGAUGCCGGAGGAUUUUGAGCUUUUUUACGGCUUGCUGCUCCCAGGAGAGUGGAACCUUGAUGCAGUCACCGAGAACAACGUUGAUGCACUGCUGGCAAUUGGCGACUACUACCAGGUUGGUUUCAUUAAGAAGGGAUGUGAGAAGCGCCUGCUCGAAUUGCCUGUAACUAUGGGCCGGCUGCUGCAAGCUCACCGACACGGUCUCAUGCAUCAGUGCAUGCGAUGCAUCAACUCCCUGGCUGAACAAUUCACGGAGAAAGACCUGGUGAAUAUCGGGAAAGCUGCUCCCGACCUCCUGCUCCUUGCAGCCCAAGCGGUCCGGCGGGAAGCAUUGAGCAAGCAAAACCGCAUCGACCAACUCGAACCAGCGCUGAAGAAAGCCAGAACCGCUUACCAAGAGAUCCGAGCUGCGGCUGCGAGCUUCUCGGAAAUUACGAAGCAGACGCUGGAGCCUAAGCCUCUGUCGAGGCCUGGGUUGCCCCUUGUUUACCGUCAGGGGCCAUCUUCUAUUUCCCAAGAGCAGGGUGAUCAGCUCAGGGAGGCGCGGACAAAGCUAGACACGGAACUGAGAAAGUGGUCGGUGUCCGGUGCUAUAGGUUUUUUAGUUCGUGAGCCUGCUCGCGGCUCCCCCGUGUGA